AUGUAUUUUAUAGAGAUGAGUAUUAAUACUCGAAAAUCAAUUCAAAUGUUUAGCAAUCACAUACUUUGUGAGGUAAAAUUCACGCAGCACAGAAGCAGACAUAAACCACCCUUGUUUACACUCGACUCUGGUAGCGUAGUCGUCGCAAAGAUUCAAUUUAAUCGACAAUAUUUUCUAAAUUCAAUCAUGGAAUCACCUUUCGACGACAAAGACUACUCGAAAUACAAAAAUUUGGUCAAACGCUGGGAAUAUGAAUUCAAAAAACGUGAAAAACGAAUGCCAACGAAGAAAGAGUACAGUGAAACUGCCCCAAGCGAGGUUAAAGAAGCUUAUAAAAUGUACUGGUAUCUAAAAACAGCCUUCUUAGAAGAAAACAUUCUAGACGACGAAAUUGAAAACGAAGUUCAACCACCAACUUCAACAACUAUCGAAGGUAUAGAAAAGCUGGAGGAGCCAGUACCGUCUCCAGAACCAAGUAACGCUAACGCUAAUACCGUCUGGGGAGAACAUCUAAACAAACCAGCCGCUAAAGAAGACCAACCCAAGACGAAACGACCGACGUUAUUCCAAUUCAACGAGAAACUUUUUCAAGGUUCUAAAUUCAAGAAAAGAAACCCGAGAAAAUCGUUCGUCGCUAAUCGUCCCAAGUCUUCUGAUUCUUUACCUCAGAAUGAAGAGUCUCAAGAUUCUCCUCCUGUAGCAGAGGAGACUAAUCAAGCUGCGGUGGUCGAAGAUGAAACACUGAUCGUUUUAAAUGAAAAUAUCAAGAUUACCACCGGUACAUCGUCGGUAAUAGCUCAACCUGUGAAUAUUUUACAAAGGUUAGAGAAUUUGAAUGAGAUACAAACUAAAACUAAACUGAAUACUGGAUGGUUGGAACGUUGUAAUCUGACUUGUGAUCUUGGUUCAGCUCAAAUCAAAUCGAACAGUGCAUCGAUUUAUGAUUCGACCAGUGUACCGACUAGUGAUAAUAAUCAAGAUAGCGACGAUGAUUAUAUAUUCGGCAGUGACGACGAAAGUUCUGCUGGAAAUACGAAUUUUCUUCAUAAAGUACUUCUUAAUCAGAAUUCCGAGAAUAUACUGAGUCAAAACACGCUUCCUGUACCCUCAAAUAUCGCCAAACUGCCAAUCGAAUGUAAUCGGAAUAUGGAAAAUGAAAUAAAUCAGGAACAACCUGUAUCGUCAUCUAAUGCCACGAAAUCGUCAAACGAACAAAAUCAACCAGCUAACCCACCAAUAAAGCAGACCCCUGCUGUACCCUCCGAAACAGUCAAAUUACCCUGUUAUGCUCCAAAUGCUUCGAAACGUAUUGCUGCCAAAGAACUGCCCAGAUCAACUAAAAAACAAAAAACCGUCGAAGAUUUCGAUGAAGCUCGUAAAACGAAAAUACUACAAGAAAAAAUAGCCAGUGGAAAAGCCAACGAGAAUUUCAUCAGUUUAAAUAUGAAGAAAAAAGUCUACGCUCGAGGUAAAAAGACCAUGACUGGUACGAAGUACAAAAAGCAACAAUGGAAAAUGAAGAAAAAGUUCGCCAAUUCGUCAGCGAGUAGCGAAGCUGCUGGCGGUGUUUUGAAAUGCUUCAAGUGCGGAGACGUAGGACAUUUCUCUCGUCAGUGUAAAAAUAAUAAUUAUUUACUGCCCAAAGAAGACGUCGACAGUGAAGAAGAUUGCCCAUUCCCAACACUAGAAGAAGCUGCUGAAAUGAUCAAAGAAACGAAUGACAGAAAGAACAAAAACCAGACCAUUGCCGAAGCAGAUGCUGAGCUUCUGGAAGACCUCGCUGGCUUAGAAGAACCGGUCGAAGAACCUUUCGAAGGAGUUCGUCCUCUCUACCAACAAAUGGAAGAUUGUAUCUCAGAUACUCCCCAAGAAGUUUACGACGCUUUACACGACUUUGGCUACGAGAAUUUCCGACCUGGUCAAGAAGAAGCCAUUUCAAGAAUUCUGUACGGAAAAUCAACUCUAUUUAUCUCUAGUACCGGUUCUGGAAAAUCUUUAUGUUACCAAAUUCCAGCUUAUUUGUAUGCCAAAAAAUAUCGAUGUAUUUCUUUAGUCAUUUCACCUCUAGUAUCAUUAAUGGAAGAUCAAGUUAUAAAUUUUCCUAAAAUUUUGACCGCUGCUUGUUUACACACCAAUCAAACCGAUGUCCAACGUAAUCAAAUUAUAGAAAAAAUAAAACAGAACGAGAUAGCUGUUUUGCUCGUCUCACCCGAAGCCAUGGUCAGCAAUAAUAGCCCUCUGAAUAGAGCCAUGCUGAAAGAUUUCCCUCCGAUUGCAUUCGCCUGUAUUGAUGAAGUCCAUUGUGUAUCUCAAUGGUCUCAUAAUUUUCGUACUUCGUAUCUGAUGAUUUGUAAGAUUUUAAAAGAACGUUUCAACGUUCACACGUUACUGGGAUUAACUGCUACAGCUACCAAGAGUACUUUAUCGUGUAUUAAAAAUCAUCUGGGCAUAGAAGACGAAGAAGGAGUAAUUCAAGAUAGAAUAUUACCCGAUAAUUUGAUCUUGUCGGUUUCCAGAGAUGAAAAUAAAGAUCAAGCUUUGGUCAAGUUAUUAGAAAUGGAACCAUUUUGCAAUUACAAAUCCAUGAUCAUUUACUGCAUCAGACGAAACGAAUGCGAACGACUAGCUGGCGUUUUGAGAACAUUUCUGAAGGAUACUCGAACUAUGGAGUUGAAUGUAAAAACACGCAGAACAUUGUCUCCAGAUGUAGAAGAAUACCACGCAGGGCUCUCUGCUGCUCGUAGGAAACGAGUACAAAAUGCUUUUAUGUCCGGUAAAAUACGGAUCGUGGUGGCUACUGUGGCAUUCGGAAUGGGUAUAAAUAAAGCUGAUAUUCGAGGUAUCAUACAUUACAACAUGCCUAAAACCUACGAACAUUAUGUACAAGAGAUUGGACGAGCUGGUCGAGACGGAUUACCCGCCCAUUGUCAUUUAUUCUUAGAUUCGGAGGGAAACGAUUUACCCGAACUGAAACGACAAAUUUUUGCCAACUCGGUGGAUAGACACAUUAUUAGGAAGCUUUUACAGAACGUUUUCAAGUCGUGUAAAUGCGAAGGUGAAUGUAAAAAACACGAGGUGGCAUUUUCGGUUGAAAAAACUGUCGGAGCUUUGGACCUAAAUCAAGAAAAUAUCACAACGUUAUUAUGCUAUUUGGAAUUCUUACCUGAGAAAGUCGUUCAAGUGUUACCGCCCACUUAUACCACUUGUACGAUUCAGUCAUAUGGAGGAAUUAGAGCUUUGAAAAAUGCUGCUAAAAAAUGCGCUCCUUUAGCUUACGCUAUUGCAGAACAAUGUAAAGAUUCGAACGAAGAAAUUGCCAGCCAGUUAGAAUUUUCAGUUAUUGAAUUAGCCGAUAAAAUUUCCUGGAAAAGUGGAAUCGUGAAAAAUGAACUGAAACAGUGCGAAUGGACUCGAGUGAACGAUAAACCCAAGAAAACCGGAUUAAUAGUGAAAUUUCAAGACUUGGGAUUCCACGUUUCAUCCAGCGGUAAUCUAACGCCGGAACAAAUCGACGAUGUUUUGGAUACGUUGUACUCGACGGUUCAAUCUCAAGAGAAAAAAUCCCUCUAUCAAUUACACACUUGCUUCGAAACUUUCCACUUGUAUUCUUUCGGAACCGUUGAAAAAACCUUACAAAAUGAAGAUCUCUCGGAAAGGAGUAACAGUUUAAAAAAUGCAAUCGCUCAGUACUUUUCUGAAGACAGUAAUUCUUCUUCCAUUCCGGAACCGCCUUCUAGCAGCGCUGUUUCAAGCGAAGUAACAAUCGCUUGCGAUGUCCACCGAAUUGUGUCCAGUUACAGAGACUGCACUUUUACCGGAAGAUCGAUUGCCAAGAUAUUCCACGGAAUUGAAAGUCCUAAUUUUCCUGCCACGAUUUGGGGCCGAUCGCCGUUCUGGCGAUGUGGUUUACGAGAAGAUUUUAAUAUAUUGUGUCGUGUAGCUAAUAGAGAAUUAAUUAAAUUAAGGUAAUUUUUUAUAUUAAAUUUUUUGUGCUGAGAAUUUCUCGAUAUAAUAUGUGUGUUUUUUUCUCCAAUGAUCUUAUUGUCUUUCACGAUUUUUUUUUUUGAAUAUAUUCUAUUUUUAUACUUACGAUCGGUUAAUUUUAACAAGUGAAUUAUUAUUCAUGCGAAAAUAAAUGUAAUUAAUGUAUUUUUAAAAUACACUGUGUACGUAGUGAAA